GAAAAACAAUAAUCGAUUUACGGCAUCUUCAAUUGUGCGCUCGCUUUCUUUCUUCAUAUCGGUGAUCGUUUGAUAUCAGACAGCGAUGGCGGACUUGCAUAUGGGAGCAGAGUCGGAGACCUUCGCUUUCCAAGCGGAGAUCAACCAGCUCCUCAGCUUGAUCAUCAACACUUUCUACAGUAACAAAGAGAUCUUCCUUCGCGAGAUUAUCAGUAACUCUUCUGAUGCAUUGGAUAAGAUUAGAUUUGAGGGCUUAACAGACAAGAGCAAGCUCGAUGCUCAGCCGGAGCUCUUUAUCAGGAUCAUCCCAGACAAAGCUAAUAAAACACUUACCAUUGUGGACAGUGGCAUUGGCAUGACCAAAGCAGAUUUGGUGAAUAAUUUGGGAACCAUUGCGAAAUCUGGAACGAAGGAGUUCAUGGAGGCAUUACAAGCAGGAGCCGACGUCAGCAUGAUUGGUCAAUUUGGAGUAGGGUUUUACUCUGCUUAUUUGGUGGCGGAGAAGGUGAUUGUCACCACAAAGCACAAUGAUGAUGAUCAAUAUGUCUGGGAAUCUCAGGCUGGUGGGUCUUUCACCGUUUCGCGUGAUGUGAGUGGAGAACCUCUUGGCAGAGGUACCAAGAUCACCCUGUUCCUUAAAGACGAUCAGUUGGAGUACUUGGAGGAGAGGAGAACAAAGGAUCUGGUGAAGAAACAUUCCGAGUUCAUCAGCUAUCCAAUUUACCUUUGGACUGAGAAAACAACCGAAAAGGAGGUCAGUGAUGAUGAAGAUGAUGAAACAAAGAAGGAAGAUGAAGGGGAUGUGGAGGAUGUCGAUGAAGACAAGGACAAAGACAAAGACAAGAAAAAGAAGAAGGUCAAGGAGGUAACCCAUGAGUGGCAACUCAUUAACAAACAAAAACCAAUUUGGUUAAGAAAGCCCGAAGAGAUCACAAGAGAGGAAUAUGCAUCGUUCUACAAGAGUCUCACAAAUGAUUGGGAGGAUCACCUCGCGGUGAAACACUUCUCUGUUGAGGGGCAGCUUGAAUUCAAGGCCAUCUUGUUUGUUCCAAGGAGAGCCCCGUUUGAUCUGUUUGACACAAGGAAGAAGCCGAACAACAUUAAGCUCUAUGUCAGGAGGGUGUUUAUAAUGGACAACUGCGAAGAACUCAUUCCCGAGUACCUCUCAUUUGUCAAAGGUGUUGUGGACUCUGAUGAUCUUCCGUUGAACAUCUCUCGUGAAACACUGCAACAGAACAAGAUUCUUAAGGUGAUUAAAAAGAACCUGGUGAAGAAAUGCAUCGAGAUGUUCUUCGAGAUAGCGGAGAACAAAGACGAUUUCGCCAAGUUCUACGAAGCUUUCUCCAAGAACAUCAAGCUGGGAAUCCAUGAAGAUAGCCAAAACAGGAGUAAGCUUGCCGACUUGCUUCGAUUCUAUUCUACAAAGAGUGGUGACAACAUGACCAGCUUGAAAGACUAUGUUACCAGGAUGAAAGAAGGCCAAAAAGAUAUCUACUACAUCACCGGAGAGAGCAAGAAAGCAGUCGAGAACUCGCCAUUCAUCGAGAAACUCAAGAAGAGAGGAUACGAAGUGUUGUUCAUGGUCGACGCCAUCGAUGAAUACUGCAUCGGGCAACUGAAGGAAUACGAUGGGAAAAAGCUGGUGUCCGCUACAAAGGAAGGACUCAAGCUUGACGAAACCGAAGACGAGAAAAACAAGAAAGAGGAGAAAAAGAAGUCCUUUGAGAAACUCUGCGGGACAAUCAAAGAGAUACUUGGAGAGAGAGUGGAGAAAGUGGUGGUGUCCGAUAGAAUUGUGGACUCUCCUUGCUGCUUGGUGACCGGAGAGUACGGAUGGACGGCCAACAUGGAGAGGAUUAUGAAAGCUCAAGCUCUGAGAGACAAUAGCAUGAGUACUUACAUGUCUAGCAAAAAGACGAUGGAAAUUAACCCGGACAAUGGCAUAAUGGAGGAGCUGAGGAAGAGGGCUGAAGCAGACAAGAAUGACAAAUCGGUGAGGGACUUGGUGAUGCUACUGUACGAAACAGCACUGUUGACAUCUGGUUUCAGCUUGGAUGAUCCCAACAUGUUUGCGGGAAGGAUCCAUAGGAUGCUGAAGCUGGGCCUGAGCAUUGAUGAAGGAGACACUGCUGGUGAGGAUGUUGAUAUGCCGUCUUUGGAGGACGACGCCAAUGAGGAAAGCAAGAUGGAAGAGGUUGACUGAGGAGCAUAAAGGACUUGGACA